CAACCAUGACCUCCACCGACAGCGCUCUUGUCGCCUCGUCUAGCAAAUCGAGUGUCGGUGGAGCUGCCCCCAGCCACCGUCUGCUCUACCGCGGCGCGCUCGCCCUGCCCGACUCGCACCUGCUCCUCGACGGACUCAGUUUCGUCGCAGGCACCACUUCAACCUCGGAAAACCUCCUUGAAAAUCCACUUGCGCUUGCGCUAGAGUCCAUGCGCGGUCGGCCAAGUCUUCACUUCCUCGGAACGGAAGACUUGAAGGAUGUUUGGUUGGACGCGACGGGCGAGGUUAACGUAUACCUACACCCCCUUUCGACACUAAGCCAAGUGUAUUUCGAGAAUGUACUCUGCCUGGAACCUAUCACAUCCUCUCAGAAACGUACGAAUGUCGGGAUACGCUGUGGGCUGGGCGACGGGAGUGACCCGGCCACGACCGACUUCCUCAUCUACGGCCAACUCAUGCCAACCGCCGACCAAGACAAGCCGCUGCCCUCUACCUCCGACGCGCCCCCCGAAACUCUACACAUCCUCGCCGCGCGCAUCCUCGCCCACCCUCCACAGCCCGCCGUCCGUGCGCCGCGCCCGGACGACCCCACGCCCCGCAGACCGCCUGCGCUCUCCGGGAGCGCGACGAAACGCAAAGGCAUAGACCCCGACGCCGCCCUGCCCGCCGCCCUGGGGAAGCGCGCCAAGUCCAAGUCUGCCGUGGAAGAGGACGAGCAGGUGCGGAGGGCACGCGAGGUGAUGCUGCACGGCCCGAGGGCCGCAGGCGUCGGAGCGGGGCUCAAGAGGUCCAGGUCGGGCAGGGCGGCGGACGGCUUCAAGGUGCCGCAGCUUCCUGCGAGGGCCGGGUCCAUGGACAGCCUGUCCUUUGGGCCUUCGCGGGACGAUUCUGCUGCGGCCGCGGAUGCUGGGGCGAAGGGCAAGGGCAGGGAGGCCGCUGAGCAGCCCGGGUCGGGCGAGCUCGAGAAGGCGAACAAGACGGUCAUCAAACAGGCGACGAUCGCAGCUCUGUCGAAGUAUGGUAUCACGAAACCACAUGCCGACUUUACUGAACUGUACCAGACUACGUACCGCGGAGUCUGUUUUGCACUGAGAUCUGUCAUCCGCGUACAGGCGGCAAACAUGCGGACUGUGGAUAA